GUAGUGCACUAAUCUACCACCAGGGGCCGGCUGCUGUGUGUGUGUGUGUGUGUGUGUGUGUUGCUUAAAACACUUUCCGAUUUGGCUAAAUCUCUAUCGGUGCCAUGGCGGGAGGAAAGGCUGGGAAAGACAGUGGCAAAGCCAAGACUAAGGCAGUGUCCCGGUCUCAGAGAGCUGGUCUUCAGUUCCCUGUAGGCCGUAUCCACAGACACUUAAAAACGCGAACUACAAGCCACGGACGUGUCGGUGCCACCGCUGCAGUGUACAGUGCAGCCAUCCUGGAGUACCUCACUGCCGAGGUGUUGGAGUUGGCUGGUAAUGCCUCAAAGGACUUGAAGGUGAAACGCAUCACUCCCAGGCAUUUGCAGCUGGCCAUUCGUGGUGAUGAAGAGCUGGAUUCGCUUAUAAAAGCCACAAUUGCUGGUGGAGGUGUGAUUCCUCACAUUCACAAGUCUCUGAUUGGAAAGAAGGGCCAACAGAAAACUGCAUAGAAAUCAGUUUAUGGUCAUAACAUUUGUUUUAUUUUGAUCCUUUUGUCUGGUUAUUUUGUAUGCAUAGAUUUAACAGAAAAAAAACAGAGCAUAGUUAAUCCUUUUUCAAUGGGUUAAGGAAGGCACAAGAGUGCAUUCUCAGUGUAUUUCUGCAUGUGACCUACAUCUGUUUUAUACAUAAAGACAUUUCUUAAAUAUUGCGUUUCUGUCAUUUGAUAUCAGUGCUGGCUUUAAUUACCUUCAUACUCCUAUUAAGGAUAAUAAGAAUUAAAUAGUCAUUGUAAUUAUGAUUUUGACUCAUUCUAACAUUUUACAUUGGUUGUGACCUGAUAAAUUUAUUACAUAAAAUGUUUCAGAACUCUAAGCAGCUUUCCACAGAGAUUUCUUUAGUUACUAAAGAAAAACAAUAGCAUAUUAUUAACAUGUUAUAGAAAAUUCAGAUCUGAGAAUUCAGCAGCACUUGUGGUAUAACCCCGUGUAUAUCCUGAGUGUAAGAAAGUAUAUAAUUAACUUUGUACUGCAUGCAAAUUCUAAUGUCUAAUGAACAAAGUGAAAUUCAAAUAAACAGAUAAACAUUUAUUAUACA